AUACUUGGAUCCCAACCUAGCUAGAUUUUCCCUCUUGAUCAAGUAAACUGAUCAAAGCUAGAAAAUUCUCUUUUAGAUUAGUCACCUUCUUCUUCUUCAAUUAUUUUGAACUCUCAAUUUUAAUCACUGUCAUAUACUUAAUUAAUGAUUGUGAUUCUUGGGGUUUUUUUUCUUUUUAAUUUUUCAUGAUAAUUAGCAAUUUUAUUUCUUCUUUGUUGAUUUAGUUAGAUAUGAGUAACACAAUGAUGCCAAGAAAUAUGUUCAUGUUCAACUUAGUUUAUGAUAGAGGCUGACCAUCAAUAACCCCCACAAAAUUAUCCAAUUCAAACAAAUUUUCUUUUCUUGUUUUAAAAUCAUUAGUUUUUUUUCAAAAAAAAUUACCUAUGGAGUUUCCGGGUGGAAAGGCGAAAAAAGGAAAUCUGAUCAUCAAGACGUGGGAGAGAUGCAAAUCAUUCGGCGGGGGCGGAAAUAGCCCGUUGGCCGCUCUGACAAAAAAGAGCAAAUCCCUGCCGAAACUAUGUCUCCACGCCUCGAUCGACCCCGAUGAUGACGAAAAAAUGAGAAAUAGUAGUUCAAGAAAACGAAGAGUGGCGCCCGAAGGUUGUUUUUCGGUAUAUGUAGGAGAAGAAAAACAAAGAUUUGUAAUAAAGACGGAGUAUGCGAAUCAUCCGCUUUUCAAGAUUCUACUCGAAGAAGCUGAAUCCGAAUACGGGUAUAAUCCUGAAGGUCCGCUUGUUCUUCCAUGCAACGUUGACACGUUUCGUAAGGUUGUUGUGGCUAUGGAUUCUGACGAGGACGAGUAUGAACAAACUGUUCAUCGCCGUUCUCAAGGAUGCGGAUUUUCUAAGGGUUAUGGUUCGUAUCGUCUUCUAGUUAGCCCGUCUCGAAUGAUUGCUCUGAAUCAGUUUUGAUUCUGUGUAUCGAAUUAGUGUUAGGAUUUAUAUUACUAAUCGGAACCCUAUGAUCCUAUAAAAAAAACAAAAGGGUUUAAAUGUUAAGGUAGUCAUCGACAUGUAUGAUAAAAUCAUGUUCUGUAUGUGUAAGAAAAUUACUGUAAUGUAUGAACUUUGUGUUUGUUGUC